GACAUCCGCUGUUGUUUGCUGCAUGCAUGCUUUGCUUGAAAAAAUUCGAGCUGCCCGUCACCUCUGAAAUAAGGUGCAGCUCUUGCAACCGGGACAGCCAGAUAGUGCCAAGGGUUAGGAUUCCAAUAAACAUUGAAGAUGCAACUGGUACCAUCGCUGCUGUUGUCUAUAGUGAGGACGGUGAAAAGCAUGUCAGCCAUACUGCGGCACAGCUCGAAGAUGCGGAUGCACAGGGCAUGGAUUUAUUGGAGAAAUUUAAGGCUGAGAUGAAGGGGACUCAUGUGGUGGCUUUUGUCCGGUCUUUUCAGGCAAAUGGCACGACUUGCUACGUGGUCAAAAUGUAUGUGGAUGCUGAAUUGCCCAACUAUAUACUUCCAGUUUCAGACGAGUCUAUAACCCAGGAGUUCGCACUUAAGGCUUAG